AUGGUUUUGGUCACUAUCAUUGAACUUUUAUCCAAGUUGAAGGGACAUGAUCAGAUUACAAUUACCGGCGCAGCCUCCGGUAUGGGACUCGCAACAGCGAAGCUCCUCGCGUCUCGUGGCGCACUCAUCUCGCUCGCCGAUAUCAAUGAGAAAGCACUACGAGAAGCGAUUCAAUCCUUGACCAACCCCGAGAAGCACAUAAUCACUGCUAUAGAUGUGCGCAACGGUCAAUCAGUUGAGACAUGGAUCAAGUCCACAGUCGAAAAAUUGGGCAAGUUAGAUGGCGCCGUGAACAUGGCUGGAGUGAUCACCCCAGCUGCACCAAUUACAGAGGAAACUGAAACCAAUUGGGACUUUACAUUUGCUGUGAAUACCAAGGGCAUUUUCCUCUGCCUGAAGGAACAGCUAAAAGCAAUGAAAGCCGAUGGUAGCAUUGUCUCCGCUGCCAGUGUCUUUGGCCAAAUGGGAGCUCCAGGUGUCUCGGCAUACUGUGCCAGCAAAGCGGCGGGUAUUGGGUUGACGCAAACUGCUGCACAGAAGAACCAGCACAUUCGCGUAAACUGUGUUUCCCCCGGCUCUGUCAACACCCCACUCUCUGCUAGUGAAGAUCCCGAGGAUGUGAAGCGUGGUUUGCAAAAGACUGCGCAGAAGCGCCAGGCUGAGCCAAUCGAAAUUGCAAAUGUCAUCGCUUUCCUACUUAGUUCGGAGGCCUCUUUUGUUACUGGAGCUGUAUAUAAUGUUGAUGGAGGGUGGAUGUGCUGA